CGCCAGAGGGAAGGAGGAGGGACGCCAUUGCGUUGCUAUGACGUGACUCCCGCCCUUCAUGCGUUCCUCCUCUUAGUCACUGACUAAUUCGCUCUGUGGUCGCAGCGGCGGCGCUGCUGCAGGCUUCUUUGCCGGUGACUGGGUUGUGCUCGACGGCUCACGCGCUUUCUUAUUAAGGAAGGGGGAAGGGGUGUUGGGAGAACAUGAAGGUGGCGGGCCACGGGAAACAGCAACGGCGGCUGAGGUGAGACAAGACGAGGCAGAGGACGGAAAGGGCAACCCACAGAUUAUUUUUCCUCUCUCUUGGAGAGGGAAUGGCUCACGCCGGGGCUGCGGGAAGUAAGGAGCCUUUACCGGGCACCUCCAGCAACAGGGACUAUGGAGGAUACGACGAAGGCCGGGCGCUGGCGGCGGCUGUGGUGAUGCGGGACGCUCUGUCGCUGGAGGAGAUCCUCAAACUCUACAACCAACCCAUCAACGAGGAGCAGGCGUGGGCCGUUUGCUACCAAUGCUGCGGUUCCCUCCGCGCCCGAAGCCGCCGCGGGGAGUCCCCGGUUCACAGAGUGGAGAGCCCCACGGACAUCCGUAUCUGGAGGGACGGAGCCGUCACGCUGGGCAACGAUGCCCGAAGCCCGUCGGCGGCAGGUAAAUCAGAGCAUUCACGGUGUCCAGAAACAGAGGUAAUAGAAUCAUUGGCAAUUAUUAUUUAUAAAGCUCUGGACUAUGGCUUGAAAGAAAAUGAAGAGCGAGAGCUAAGCCCUCCCUUGGAACAACUUAUUGAUCAUAUGACUAAUACAGUAGAAGCAGAUGGAAGCAAAGAUGAAGGCUAUGAGGCUCUGGAUGAAGGAGUAGAAGAAGAAAAUGAAGGAGAAGAUGUUGAAGUUAUACAGUCUUAUCGAGAUGUCAUGAAGCUCUGUGCCGCUCAUCUACCAACUCAAUCAGAUGCAUCCAAUCACUAUCAAGCAGUAUGUCGGGCGCUGUUUGCUGAAACAAUGGAGUUGUACACAUUUUUAGCCAGAAUUAAAAGUGCAAGAGAGAAUUUAAAGAAGAUGCAGGAAAUGGACAGAGAAGGGACUGAUGAAUCCAGCACUGAUCUUGAUGAGUUGAAAAAUGCUGAUUGGGCUCAGUUUUGGGUGCAGGUCAUGCGAGACUUACGAAAUGGUGUGAAAUUGAAGAAAGUUCAAGAACGUCAGUACAACCCUCUUCCCAUAGAGUAUCAGCUCACUCCGUAUGAGAUGUUGAUGGAUGAUAUUCGAUCCAAACGCUAUACUUUAAGGAAGGUUAUGGUCAAUGGGGAUAUCCCUCCACGAUUAAAAAAGAGUGCUCAUGAAAUUAUCUUGGACUUUAUCCGAUCUCGACCUCCAUUAAAUCCAGCCUCUGCAAGAAAAUUGAAACCAACCCCACCAAGACCACGUAGCCUCCAUGAAAGAAUACUGGAAGAAAUCAAGUCUGAACGAAAGCUGAGACCCGUCUCUCCUGAUGAGAUCAGGCGUAGCAGGCUAGAUGUGUCAAUGCAAGAGGCCUCCAAAAAUCUUUCAGAAAGCUGUCAGAAUGGCAGCUUAGCAUCAGAAGCAAAGGCGAAUGGUAUUGCUGCUACUAAGUUGACAGUGCAACGGAAGAGGCUAUUGAAAGCUCCGACUUUAGCCGAACUGGAUAGCUCAGAUUCAGAGGAGGAGUCUGUACAGAAAUCAGCUAGCCGCAGUAGUAUCUCUCCCUCCCAAAUGGCAUAUACAUCUCCAGAGACCACAUCCGGGAAAAAGGUGCCUCCAAAAUUCUUGCCAAUAUCAUCCACACCACAGCCAGAGAGGAGACAACCACCCCAGAGGCGACAUUCCAUUGAAAAGGAAACACCAACCAAUGUACGACAGUUCCUGCCACCUGCAAAACAGAGUUCCAGAUCUCUUGUUCCCAGGAUACCAAGUUUAUUUCCAAGUAUGACGCUGAAAACACUUUUUUCAACCGUACAUACAGCCUCUCAGCUUAGCUCCCAUCCGUUUGAAGCAGCUUUAUUUGCGGUGGCGAGGACUAUAUAUUAUUUAUGUGAGAGAGCUUUUAACAACAAGUGGAAACUCUCAAAGGAGGAGUUUUGUUACCCAGUGGAAAGUCUGGCCCUCACAGUGGAAGAAGUAAUGCACAUCCGUCAAGUACUGGUGAAGGCUGAGCUAGAGAAGUACCAACAGUAUAAAGAUGUCUAUACUGCCCUCAAGAAAGGAAAGCUCUGUUUUUGUUGCCGAACAAGGAGGUUUUCUUUCUUCACCUGGUCCUACACCUGUCAGUUUUGUAAAAGGCCUGUAUGCUCACACUGCUGUAAAAAGAUGCGCCUGCCAUCAAAGCCAUAUUCCACUCUUCCCAUCUUUUCUCUGGGCCCUUCUGCUUUACGGAAAGGAGAAAGCUUUAUGAGGCCAGAUAAACCUUCCACCAGCCAUCACCGGUCACUUAGGGGCAUGCCAAGGUUGUCCUCAAAGUCCAAAUCUGUAGAUAAAUCAGAUGAAGAAGCGUUGUUUCCAAAAGAGAUAAUGGAAGACUGGAGCACCAUGGAGGUGUGUGUGGACUGCAAAAAGUUCAUUUCAGAAAUCAUUAAUUCAAGUCACCACAGCCUCUCCCUGGCUAAUAAGCGAGCCAGAUUAAAAAGGAAAACCCAGUCAUUCUACAUGUCUUCCCCAGGCACCUCAGAAUAUUGUCCUUCUGAGCGGACUAUCAAUGAGAUCUGAGAUGUGUGCCUUUUUCUUUGCUUUGUCUUCCUGAGGUCUUGAGAGAACACAUUGAAACCAGAAUGGCUUUAUUUCCUCUGUUCUACUCAACAGCUUACAUUUGCAUUAAAUCACUGGUUUUGACACAUCAUAACUCUCUCACACACACACAAAGUCAGAAAUUGGGCUAUGCAGCAGGUCAGUGGAUGAAACUGCAUGGGAAGAAAAUGUCCAUUAAAAAUUGUUGCCUUUAUGUAAGUGCACAAUGCACAAAGGAAGCCCUUAUAUUUUUUUCUGGUAUUCGUUCCUUGAAUAAUUUUAAAGAAGAGAGUCAAAAUACAUACUUAUUGAACAAUGCUGACAUUUAUUACCAACUAAUAUCAUUUACGUUUCAGCGUUGUGACACACAAGCUCAUGCUGUACAAAAGAUAGAUGGAGGGCAUGACUUUGGCAUAGCACAAAGCUUUGAAGGAUGUGCUCAGUCUGGUUGAUUAAUCCAAGCUAAUACUGUCUGGGUUCUAGUAUAAAAUAUUGAAUAAGCUGCAAACCUGAAUGGGUAACAAUUUCACUCAGCUGCUACAUUUCCAGUAUAAUGUGUUAUGUCUAGGUUAUAGCAAUUUCUUCCUUAUCUUGAAUGUAUUCUGAAUGUUAGUUGUAGUAAUUGUUAGCUAUAGCUUUUAGCAAUCAGCAAAAUAGUCUAUUGGGAGGAUGCAAGAUAAGUGCAACUUUUUAAUAUUGAGUUUUUGUAAAAUAAAGAACAUUCUCUGAGUGACAAUCCUGAGAAAAUGGAUCAUAUGUAUAUUUGUACCAUAGUGGAACACAUAAGUACUGCUCUAAUUAAGAGUCUGGGAACAUAUCCAUUAUAAACCCCAUUUUUACAGGGGUUUAUAUCUUGGCUGUAAAGAAAUUUUAUAGCCUGCAAAAAUUUGGCACAGGAGUGUCUCAGGAUUUUUGUUUAUUUUUUUAAAAAAAUGUUUGAAGAAAUAGUGUCUAGCUGUUUUGAAGUUCCAAUGAUAUUACCAAACAUCCCACUUUUGCACUCUUUUAUAUGCCAAUUUUAAAAUUUAAACUAACUGGAGCAUAGAGCAUACAGUUGGGUUAUUUUUAUAACAGCCCACUUAUAAACAUUUGCAAAUCAUCCGGUUGACAGGAACAAUAUUACUUUCAAGCUUGUAAUGGCUAGGUCCGUAUUUAUUAUCAGCAUUGAUCAUAUGAUAAGUAUUUGAUAGGAAAGCUUAAGAUCUUUGUAUUUUCAUUUUCAUAUUGUAGGUUGGUGAGAGACAUCUCAGUUCAUUUCCAAAAUAAGCUGAAUCUGCUUAAACACAAUCUCUAACCAUACAUUUAUUUAAUGAAAGUGUUGCUGAGAAAUGAAUCUGUAUAUUUUAAACAAAUCAAAACAUUAGGGGCCAAGGAAGGCUGAAAGCCUGAUCUUGCUGUUCUGACAUACAAAUGUUUAACUAACUGUACUAGAACAAAUGUUUCUAGUCCAAUUGUUCUUAACCAACUCAGCCAAGAUAGAGACUACUGUUGUGCUGCAGGCCAUCAACAACUGCAGGCCAUGUCUACACUCUAUAAAUUAGCACUGCCAAUUUGCAAACUGAUUGAGAAUGUCCAUGGGGAAUUGUAGUUUUGUUUGGGAACUGACACUGCCAUAGCGAAAGAGCCAAAGAGUUCCAUUGAUGGGUAAAUACUGGCAAAAAUAAUUUUUUUCACUUUGUGAAUUAACAUGAUGACCUUAUCCCAUCAAGAAGUGGCAAAUGUUAGGCUGUAGUCCUGUUUCCUUUAAUCAGUUUGGGGGGAAAUUGACUGAAGCCUCCUAUACCUUAUAUUCUUUUGUACAUUUUAUUUACAGAUUCCAUAAACAAUUGUGUGGAAGCAAAGGGUUCACCUUAUAGCCCACAAAGGCAUCAGCAGCUGCCCCUAUUUCUUUGCAAUAAGGUGAGACAUUAGCCAGAAACGUCUCACCCUUGCAGGUUUUCUGUCAUCUGUUCUUCCAUGCAACCCCCCUGCUCUAGUUCCUCAGGCUGGGGCAUUCACUUGGAACAGGGAUCUAGGCAAUUUUCUAGAGAAAUAAGGCAUUUGUGUGAACACACAAAUGUAUCCAUGGAUGACCCCAUGUGCAUCAGCCCACAAUUAUUAUUAUUAUUUAUUAUUAUUUAUUAGAUUUAUAUACCGCCCCACUAGCAUAGCUCUCUGGGCGGUGUACAAUAGAAAAUACAAAAUACAUCUCAUAAAAUUGCAUAAUAAAUAUGACAAAAACAUAUAAAGUGCAGAAAUCAGAUUACAUAAUUUUUUUUAAAAAAAUUAAAUUAAAAAUUUAAACGCCAUAGAAAAGAGGCAGGUCUUAAGCUGGCGCCGAAAAGACAGCAGCGUCGGCGCCAUACGCACCUCAACGGGGAGACUGUUCCAGAGUUCGGGGGCCACCACUGAGAAGGCCCUAGUUCUUGUCACCACCCUCCGAGCCUCUCUAUGAGUCGGGACUCGGAGGAGGGCCUUCGAUGUAGAGUGCAGUGUCCGGGCAGGUUCAUAUCGGGAGAGGCAUUCCAACAGGUAUUGUGGUCCCGCGCCGUGUUGAACGGGGUAGGUCUAAUAAAGCAGGGUCCCCAAUGGUGCAAGAUAUUCUAUGAAAGUUCACAGACGUGGGAAAAGUCUGAGCAUAAGCAUGUGGGAGGAUAGCUGAGUCACAGCUUGCAUGUCCUUCAUCUCCUGUCUACAGAUUCAACAUUCGCAUGUUUAGACAAAUGCCUGAACUCACCUAUAGUGAAAGGGCUUUAUAAAACUUGGCUGAGGCUCAUGUCAUCACAUCUUUUUAUUAAAUAUUAGAUUGCCGAAGCUAUUUAUAAGCAAUGUACAUAUUUUCUUCUGUGUUCCUAUGGGUCCAGGGAGAAUACAGGAAGUGAAGUAGAAAUAUUUGUGGUAGAGAGUCCCUCAAAUUCUGGGAUGAGGGUUUUGAGGCCGAAGAGGGGACAGUGUGAGCCAUCUUGAGUGCCAGUGAUAUUAUGAUUAUGUAAGACAGGCUACCUACCUGUCUGAAAAAGGCCAACUGUCCACACAGGGAGCACAAUUCCUUCUUUCACUCCCUUGUCCAUGCACGUACAGCCACGUGUAGCAUUACAUAAUGAUCAUAAUAUAAACUUCUACUAGCAAAUAUAAAAUUUGUCAGUCGCCCUUUUCUAAUAUUACUUUCCAGGUACUCUUCAGCUUUCUCCAUAUUUCCUCCUUGACUUUCCUGUCAGGAUGAAGUAAACUCUAAACAUGCCAUCCUUAAAUUUAGCCAAGAAAUAAAAAGUUAUGCAGUGUUGCUACUUUUCUUCAUUUUGAAUCCUGUGGGGAAACUUGAUGACUUAGCUGUUGUGACAUGUUCCUGUCACCUAGCUAGUAAUAUUCCAACUGUGGUCCAAGUGUUAAAAGGCAUGCCCUCUGUCUCUCCAUACCACAGAAACUUGCCUUUUUAGCAUGAAGCCUUUUGGUGCCCCCUACUUAGUUUCAACAUAUUCAUACCAACUUGUAAAUACCUGUAAAAUAUAUUAACUUUGGAAAGCUGCCACUCAGUGUAGAGAAAAUCAACCUUCUCAUUACAACUGGAAAAGAUAAGAAAAAUAAGCACAUCUGCAUUAUCAGUUACCAUUAAAUAUGCAAGUUCACAAUUUGUAGCCAUGCUUAAAUAAUUUUUAAAAUGAAAGGCUACCAAGAACCAUAAAAAUUGUCAUGGUCGCAAGUUCAAUCUUGUAUUUUUCUAAUGAUUAAUAAAUAUAGGAAGCAGCCCAAGUGUAUUUUAAGAAGACCUGCAUCCAAUAAAAUGAUUGUGUCAUUUAUACAUGAAAACAUUUUGUGGGAAAUUCCAAGCCAGCUCAGUUUUGGAGAAGGUAGCAUUUGCAAUGGCUUAGUGUGAAGAUAAAAUUUUAAGAAUCCCUGGUGACAAUGUUGCUCUAUUAUUAUUUUGGCUUAAAUCCUUUAUUUAAAUAUGAAAUACCUGGGGAAAAUAAAAUGCCUUUGUUACAGUUUUUGUCUGUGUUAAUUUGUUACAACUCUAUUCAUACAAUAUCUAAAAAAAGGAGUACUUACUUGAGCUGCAUGAAAGAAACAAUCAUAUGUAUUUGUAGAAUAGCAAUAAAGCAGCAUUGUGUGGUCCAUUGAAACAAGUAUUUAAUUGGCAACGAUUAUCAAUUUGAAGUAAAAUAAUUGUUUACCAAAAACCAAGCUGAAAGCCAGUAGGUAAUUUUACUGCCUUUCUAAGUGUGUGUCAUUUGUGCUGAAUCUUUAGUCUUUGCAGCAACUACUCAGCAUUUGUAUUCAUUGUAUAAAUGUUGUCAUAGAAUUAAUACAAUUAAAUCAUUUCUCCCUGUGCUAGAAAGGGCUAUCCAAGAAGGAAAUACACUGUAAUGUCUCAUCCCUCUCCCCUCACACAAUUUUUCUGCCUAUCCCCAUUCAUCAAAUUGACAUCACAGAGGGAUUAGGCAAAAGAUGGUGCCACAUGUGGGUAAUUGUUAGCACAAUAUUUUAAUUCUAACAGCACAAAUAUUUGAAUUGUAGGAUACCCUUCUCUCCCUUACCUUCAAAACUGUUAUUGCAAUUUUAAUCACAAGUCUCUCUCUGCCUUGGUAAGAAAGUACAAGCUGUUGCCGUGCCUCUCUUAAAAGUUUACAAUUGUGGUGAGAAACAAAUACGAGGUUUUUAGCAAAUUGGACCCUGAUUUAUUGAGCUUGCUGGUAGCUUUAGAAAAGCAGUAGGUCCUAUGACUUCCAUGGUAAGGAAUUUCAAAAACUCAAACUGCACAGCACAAUCUUCUGCACGUUCACUCACUGCAUCCUACUGCAUUUACUCCUUUAUAUGUUUUAGGUGUUAACGUCUUGUUUAUGAGAAUCAAAAAUAUUGCAUAUAAUUUAUGUAUUCAAAAUUACUUUUGAAAAAUAAGUUUAGUCCAGGUUCAAAUAA